GCCCCUUUUUCUUGUUGGUUUCGCAUUCAUUUGGCGCGUGUAUCCGCACUGGGCGCUCUCAAUUCCAAUUCAAAUCGAGUUUUCGGUACGCCGCUGCCGCGCGCGGUCGACGCUAUCGUCAACGCCUCUGUAUCGCGUUGAAUUGCAUCGUAGCAGCGAAGUGUUACUGGUUCGUGUUGUUGUCAAAGUAGAUAUAUUUCAUCGGCGCUCUACCAAUUUGCUGCUCUGCUGUGCUGUGCGCGCUACUUCUGCGUUGCUACGCUUAGCUGGUUGUUUUGUUGGUCGUACUCAUUCGUGUCUGGAUCGUUGCCGUUCAAAGAUCACAGUGCUGUUUAUUUUUUGCUUCAGCGGGUUUUCUGUCAAUUGCCGUUUAUAUCGGAAUUCGAUUGCGAGGAGGUGCUAGAGUGGCAAUUUAGUGACAGAUUGUGCAAAGCAGAAGUGAGAAAUAGUUAAUAAAGGUACUAAUUGCAAUAAAAUGUUAAAUUUACAACAACUAUGUUACGCAAACUGAUCAGAAAAGAGUGAGAAAAUAUUAGAAAAAGGAAAUAGUGUACAAUAACAACAACAAAGUGUGCGAAAUUUGUGCGGAGAAAAAGUUAGUAAAGUAAAAACAAAUAACGGUGCAUUGAUUGCGCACAUAAGCAAACAUAAAUGACAAACAAAUAAAAACGAGUGAAAAAAAUUUAUAUUAAAAAAGUGCAUAAAAUUGUAGAAAAGUUUGCAAUUUCAGGCAAAUUUUAAAAAACGCAUUUCCUUAAGAACUUAAGAACUGUUUGUUGUAGAACGCACACAACAACAGUAAAUAAUAUUGCAAAAUAACAAAAAAAUUAAUUUACGUUUACAACAAGAGUAAUUACAAAAAAAAAUAAAAAAAAUUAAACCGAGUACAAAUUACUACUGCAACAGCAACAAUAAAUAAAGAACCAACGAGCGCUGCCAGCUUUGACAACGGCAGUUUUAUCAGCGUCGGUGGCUGUGACGUCGCGUUGUCAGCGCAGCUGCAUUGUUUCAUUAGCGCUGCAGAAUAUGUUUAACGGUACCUCAUUUGAACCUAUUUGUUUUUGUCAAUACGCGAUCAACAGGCGCUGGACAUUAAAACAAGAACACUCCGUGCUACUCUACGGCAAUUAAGCACAUUUAUUAAUGGUUUCUGUGUGUGGGAGUGUGUAAUGUUGUUGUUGUGUAACCCACGCAUUUGAAAACGUUUAUUUCGUUAAUUUUUUGACUUAUGCAAUUUUACAAAAAUAAAAUUGCCUAUAAUUAAGAUUUUCUAAAAACAACAAGAAAGUGACAAUUUAUUCGUUUUUAAAUUCAAUCAACAACAACAAGAACGACGUUGAGUGCAAAAUCUUAUAAAGCUACAUACUUAUGCUAAAUACAAACAUAUGUACAACUAAUUGAACAGCUGCUUAAUUUAAGUGAUUUCAAUUAUUCACUUCAAGUUAUCCUCGCUAAACUGUGUUUUUGUGUGAGUGUAUGUGUGGAAAUAAGUGUAUAUUAUUUAUUGUGACAAAUUUGUGUAAAAAGUACAACAAGAAGUGCAGGAAAAAAGUGUUUCUUUAAUAAAUGCAAUUAUAUAAUAUGGAUUGUACUGGUCGUCGUUCGAAUCAAAGUGAACGUGCUCCAGAUUUAGGCGAAGAUUUGUCUCGUGACGUCGCAUCCGAUGAUGAUAUACGCGAUUGUGAUUCGAUCGAUGGUGAUCAUCAUGUAAUUCGUGCAACACGCUUGAAUGUCGCAACAUUGAAACGCCAACAUAGCAGCAACAACAAAAACAGAAACAUUCAUAGCAAUAAUCAUAAUAGCAAUAACAAUAAUAACAACAACAACAAUAGUACAUUUGUUGGUGAUAUGAGUUUUGGUGGCAACGCCGGCAGUGUUAGUCUUGGUGUUGGCAGUGGCAUGGGUGUGCGCAGUCCCGAUCAUCACGCUGAUCUUCAAAUGAGUCAUCAUCAUCAUCAGUUCCCCACAAAUCAUCCGCUAAAUGCGCUUAGCAAUUUCAUGGGCAUCGGCGGUCUACAUGGCAUUCCAAAUCUACCACACAAUGAUGUCCUGGAGAAGUUAAAGAUGCAAGUUCGCGAUUUCAAGGAACAAGAUUACGCGGCUGCUGCGCAUGCGGCUGCCUUUGGGCAAAAUCUAUUACCCACUAGCUUAAAUCCCGCAUUCUCACUGCCGCCCACGUCGAUAGCACAGUUCGAGCAUCGCGCACAGAGUCUGGCCGCACAAGCGGGGGGCGGUGGCAGUGGUAUAGGUGGCAACAUUGGCGUUGCCAAUGGCAAUACACAAAAUUCACAACACACUGGUGGCAAUAAUGUGGGCGUGAGCGGAGCGUCGUGCUUGACGAAUGGUGGCAACGGUUUGCUUGGUGGCGCUAACGGUAGCGGCGGCCCGGGUAUGGGCAGUGGUGUCGGUGGCGUUGGUGGUGGUGGUGGUGUUGGCGGUGCAAGCAGUGGUAAUGGUGGCUUCUCAUUCACCUCACCAACGGCGCCGAGCUCAAAAGACGUUAACCCCGCUUCAAAUUCUUCCACAUCCAGUGAAGCUUCUAAUUCUUCGCAGCAAAACAAUGCCUGGAGCUUUGAGGAGCAAUACAAGCAAGUUCGACAGCUUUACGAGAUCAACGAUGAUCCGAAAAGAAAAGAAUUUCUGGAUGACUUAUUCUCAUUCAUGCAAAAGAGAGGCACACCCAUCAAUCGUUUACCGAUAAUGGCGAAAUCCGUUUUGGACUUAUAUGAGCUAUAUAAUUUGGUUAUAGCGCGUGGCGGUCUUGUUGAUGUUAUCAAUAAGAAAUUGUGGCAGGAAAUAAUUAAGGGUCUACAUUUACCCUCAAGCAUAACAAGUGCCGCAUUCACAUUGAGAACACAAUACAUGAAAUAUCUUUACCCCUACGAAUGCGAUAAGAAGAAUCUGAGUACACCUUCUGAGCUGCAGGCGGCCAUUGAUGGCAAUCGGCGUGAGGGUCGUCGCUCCAGUUAUGGCCAAUACGAGGCUAUGCAUGCUCAAUUGCAAAUGCCACAAAUUGGACGUCCACAGUUGCCCGGAGGUAUACAACAAAUGUCACCAUUGGCGCUUGUCACACACGCCGCCAACAAUCAGCAAGUGCAAGCCGCGGCUGCAGCCGCUGCUGCACACCACAGACUGAUGGCGCCCUCUUUCGGUCAAAUGCCGAAUUUGAUGACGCACGAAUUGGAACAGCGCAUGGUGGAAUAUAUUAAAUUGAUACAGGUGAAGAAGGAGCAGCAUAACAACGCUGCUGCUGCGGCGGCAGUGGCGGCGGCAGCAGCGGCCGCUGGUGGCAAUGUGGCUGGCGAUGCGGCAGCUUUGGCGCGUGUCGGUGCGCCUGGCAGUGGUAGUGGUGCGCACGUAAAACAACCACAACGGCAACGUUCAGCAAGUCCGGAGACUGCUAGUCAUGAGGCGAUGAACGCUUUGGACAUUUCACGCGUCGCGCUUUGGCAAAUGUAUCACAACAACACCAGCCCACCAGUGUCGAUGAACGCCUCACCACAGGGAAGUGUAGGAGGAGCGGGGAGCAUCGGCGUAGGAAACGCAUUGGGCGUGCCAAGCCUAACCGAACAGAACAGUGAGGCUCUCAACCUUUCCGAUUCACCGCCAAACAUCAACAACAUCAAACGCGAGCGUGAGCGUGAACAAUCGCCCGAACCGUGCGAUCGCGACGAUUUCCAUAAUCAAUCGCCGCCAACAAAACGUGGCGCACUCAAUUUUCCGACUGGCUUUUAUUUGCCGCCGAGUAUGGCUGCUGCAGCAGCUGCGGCAGCCGCCAAUUUCCAUCAACAAAACAACAACAGCAACAAUCAUAUGCCCCAAGACUCCGAUGGUGAGGAUGCCGAUGAUGACGCUGAUACGCACAACACCACCAACAAUUCAAUGGCACAAGACGAAGAGUCCGAUCGCCCCGCAUUGAAUGGUCACCAUCAGCAUCUGCAUCAUCAUCUUCAGCAACUUCACCACUUGCCACACAACCUACAAAUGACGCAUCAUCAACACCUCGUCAACAACACGAGCGGCAAUCACGACAAGUCUGAUGAUUCAGCCAUCGAAAAUUCUCCCUCGACUAGUGCGGUCUCGGCCGGUGGCAUUGGUGUUGACAGCAGUAAUGGCAACGGUGCUUGUGGUGACAGUGCUAGCGGUCACAUUUCACCGGUUUCCACAAAAAAGAAACACCUGUCGAAGCAGCAAAAUAAUAAUGGCUCAACGGCCAUGGAUUGUAGCAGUGGUGGCGUCGGGCGUGAUCAAUCUAAUAGCCCCAGUUUAGGUGGCGUCGAGGAUACGUUGAAUCUCCUGUCGGGCAUGCAAUUCCGUGUGUCUCGUAACGGCACCAACGCUAACGGUGAACAACAGCUGAUCGUAAAUCUCGAAUUGAAUGGCGUAAAUUAUUCGGGUGUGCUCAUUGCGAAUACAACUAAUAAUUCCAAUGCCGGAUCGCCCUCAGGAGCGGAGCUUAAGCAAAAGAAAAACCAACUCAUGGAAAACAACGAAUUGGUGGAUGCGACAGCAGAAGAAGCAAAAGAUGUGAGCGGCGGUGGUACAAGUGGUGCUGACGGUGACAUCGAAGAUGAAGACAUGGGCGAUUUAGCCAGCACAACAAGCACCGACGAAACUACGCCCACAAAGAUGAGCAAAAAUGGUGGCACCGGUUUAUCGGUCAUCACCAAUAAAAGUGCGUUGAAUGAGAGUAACAUAAGCGAUGCCGUUAUGUCGGCGUCUUAGACAAAAAACAGCAGUGUAAAGAAGGCUCAAGUGGUAGAGAGAAAAUUUCGAAGAAACAGAAACUGAAACAGGAACAGAAACUGAAAUUGAAUUAUACCAAAAUAGACCUGUUUAUGUGUGCUUGUAGCGCUGCAGCGCACACUACAGAGCAGCUGCAAUGCAAAAUGUAUUUCAAAAUAUCCACUACAUGCGCUUUGCUUGCCAGUUAGAGGCGGAGUGGCGGUUAAGCGUAGAGAACUACAAACCUAUAAAAAUAAACUAGACGCAUAAGUUAAAUGUUUGAGCUAGGAUUUAAAAAAUUAAAAAGACGCAUAUAAUUAUUGUAAAUAUAGAACUGCGCAAGCGAGUGAUAGGUUCGUUAUAAGCAAAUAAUACAGAUAUACAGGAACAAUUUUGGUGAAAGUGCUGCUGCACAAUUCCUAGAAACCCUAAAAAUGGUAUGGGAACUUGAAGCGCCGUAUAUGUCUCUGCAAUUCACAGUAAUAGCAGAUUCAAAGCGAGACUUACUCAGGCGGUCACCCUUGUCAAACUAAAGCGCUUGAAAGCUUUCGUUACGCGCAAAGCUUAAUGAAGCGUUUUGGUGAAUGUGAAAGCUAUAGUAGCUUCCAGAUUAAUGUAAAGUCACGCAAAUGUAAAUAGCGACGUCUAUAAAUGGCUGCAAAUAAGAGUUGAACUUAAUUGUAAACAGAACUUUACUUGAAAAUGUUAUAUAUAAUAUAUAAUUGAAAACCGUUAAAAUAGCUUAUAUUUGUAUUUCAUUCAAACAAAAAGCGUAUGCGUAAAAACUAUAAAAAAGAAUACCAAAGGAUAUAAUUUUUUAAACAUACAAAUGUACAUUUAUAAACCUACUUAUAAAAAUACUACUGAAGUCUUGAAAAGAACAGAGAAGAAGAGAAAAUUGCUUUGGUAAUUGAGCACUAUUUAACUAGUAACUUAAGCUUAAAUAUAAUGAAUUAAUUAUAAAUUCUGAGAACUUAGCUACUCGAAGAAAUAAUAGUGUAAAUUAAAGCAUCCUUAAAAUUUCUAAAAAAAAAAAAGUAAUACUUUAGAUUUUUUGUUAUUUUUGUAUAACCCUGAAAACGCUUAUUUGUAUAAUUUGAUUUUUUUCUCCAUUUUUUAUGUUUUUAUUUAUAAAAAAUAUAUAAAUGUAAUUACAUACAACUACUAUAUUUAAUUAAACCAACUACCUAUUACUAUAAAUAUAGGCUUAGAGUUCAAAAGUGCAUGUGAACACAUAAAAUAUGCAUACAAUAACUACUUUUAGGUUAGAAACUAGCCUAAGCCUAAAGCUGAUAACAAAUAAGUAAAGCAAAAAAAAAAAAAAAUUAUAAUAAUAUUA